UCGCUCUCUCCCGCCGCCACCGCCGCUGGUUGUGUGGUGGUGCUCUUCGCUCUGUACUCCUCCACGUUUGAAGGGAGAAGAAGAUGCCACUGCCAUUUGGAUUGAAACUAAAACGCACGCGGCGCUACACAGUGUCCAGCAAGAGCUGCCUGGUUGCCCGGAUCCAGUUGCUCAAUAAUGAGUUUGUGGAGUUCACGCUGUCUGUGGAGAGCACAGGCCAGGAGAGCCUGGAGGCUGUGGCUCAAAGACUGGAGCUGCGAGAGAUCACUUACUUCAGCCUCUGGUACCACAAUAAGCAAAAUCAGCGCCGGUGGGUAGAUUUGGAAAAGCCUCUAAAGAAGCAGCUGGACAAGCAUGCGCUGGAGCCCACUGUCUAUUUUGGGGUGGUGUUUUACGUGCCUUCAGUCUCACAGCUGCAGCAGGAGAUUACCAGGUAUCAGUAUUAUCUGCAACUGAAGAAAGAUAUCUUGGAAGGAAACAUUCCUUGUACAUUAGAACAAGCAAUACACCUAGCAGGCUUAGCUGUUCAAGCUGAUUUUGGUGACUUUGACCAGUAUGAAUCCCAGGACUUUCUUCAGAAAUUUGCCUUAUUUCCUGUGGGGUGGCUACAAGAUGAAAAAGUAUUGGAAGAAGCAACCCAAAAGGUGGCCUUACUUCAUCAGAAAUACAGAGGGCUCGCCGCUCCUGACGCUGAGAUGCUGUACAUGCAGGAGGUGGAGCGCAUGGAUGGCUAUGGCGAGGAGAGCUACCCUGCCAAGGAUAGCCAAGGCAGUGACAUAUCCAUUGGGGCAUGUCUGGAAGGGAUCUUUGUGAAACACAAGAAUGGAAGGCCUCCUGUGAUAUUUAGGUGGCACGACAUCGCCAACAUGUCCCACAACAAGUGCUUUCUUGCACUAGAGCUGGCGAGUAAAGAAGAGACCAUCCAGUUUCAAACUGAAGACAUGGAAACGGCGAAAUAUGUGUGGAGACUGUGUGUGGCACGACACAAAUUUUACAGACUGAAUCAAUGUAGCCUGCAAACUCAGGCCGUCACGCUGAACCUGAUCAGGAGGAGGUCUUCUUCGAGGAUGUCUCUGCCUAAACCACAGCCUUACGUGAUGCCUGCCCCACCCCAGCUGCAUUAUAAUGGACAUUACACAGAACCCUACACUUCCUCCCAAGACAACCUCUUUGUGACCAACCAGAACGGCUACUACUGUCACUCCCAGACAAGCCUGGAUCGAGCCCAGAUCGACCUCAACGGUCGGAUCAGGAACGGCAGCGUCUACAGCGCCCACAGCACGAACUCCUUAAAUAACCCGCAGCCCUACCUGCAGCCGUCGCCCAUGUCCUCCAACCCCAGCAUUACCGGGAGCGAUGUCAUGCGGCCGGACUAUAUCCCCUCGCACCGGCACAGCGCCCUGAUCCCCCCCUCCUACCGGCCGACCCCGGAUUACGAGACUGUGAUGAAGCAGCUCAACCGAGGCCUGGUGCACGCGGAGCGGCAGAGCCACUCGCUGAGGAACCUCAACAUCGGCAACUCGUACGCCUACAGCCGGCCGGCCGCGCUGGUCUACAGCCAGCCCGAGAUCCGGGAGCACGCGCACCUGGCCUCCCCGCAGUCGGCCCACUGCCCCUUCAGCCUCAACUACAGCUUCCACAGCCAGUCUCCUUACCCCUACCCCGCCGAGCGGCGGCCGGUGGUGGGGGCCGUGAGCGUGCCCGAGCUGACCAACGUGCAGCUGCAGGCCCAGGAGUACCCGGCGCCCAACAUCAUGAGGACCCAGGUGUACCGCCCGCCGCCCCCGUACCCCUACCCGAGGCCGGCCAACAGCACCCCGGACCUGUCGCGCCACCUGUACAUCAGCAGCAGCAACCCGGACCUCAUCACCCGCCGCGUGCACCACUCGGUGCAGACCUUCCAGGAGGACAGCCUGCCCGUGGCGCACUCCCUGCAGGAGGUCAGCGAGCCGCUCACGGCCGCGCGCCACGCGCAGCUGCAGAAGCGCAACAGCAUCGAGGUGGCGGGGCUGGCGCACAGCUGCGAGGGCCUGCGGCUCAAGGAGAGGACCCUGUCGGCCUCGGCCGCCGACGUGGCCCCGCGGGCCGCCGGCUCCCCGCCGGCCGUCUUGGCGGACAGAGCCCCGCGGGAGGACGCGGCCGAGCCAGGCAGCCCGAGGGGCGGCCACAGGAAGUCCCUCUCCAACGCCACGGUGCUGAUCCACAGCAGCGAGGACGAGGAGGAGGCGGACGGGCCGGGCCAGGCCCCACUGGCGCGCGCUCCGCCUCCGGGGCCGGCGCGGGGUGGGCACCCCCAGGACGCGCCGCUGCCCUCUCACCCCGGCGGCGCGGGGCCCACCCUCGCCGGCCCCCUGCAGAUUCUCGAGACCCCGAUGCCCGUGGCAGACCCGGACCGGAGGGCCAGGGACCCCGGGCCUGCCCCCAUGGCCGCCGCACCGCGGCCCCGCAGAGACGGGCUGCUGACGCCCUCCAUGUCCGAGUCCGACCUCACCACGUCCGGGCGGUACCGCGCGCGGCGGGACUCGCUGAAGAAGCGGCCGGUGUCAGACCUGCUCUCUGCCAAGAAGAACAUUGUGGAAGGCCUUCCGCCCUUGGGGGGAAUGAAAAAGAGAGUAGAUGCCAAAAAAAUUGGUCCUCUCAAAUUGGCUGCUCUAAAUGGACUCUCUCUAUCUCGACUGCCUCUGCCAGACGAAGGGAAGGAAGUGCCAGCCCGAGCCACCAACGAUGAGCGGUGUAGAAUUCUAGAACAGCGGUUAGAACAGGGAAUGGUCUUCACAGAAUAUGAACGAAUUCUUAAGAAACGCCUAGUUGAUGGGGAGUGCUCAACAGCACGACUUCCCGAAAAUUCAGAGAGAAAUCGAUUCCAAGACGUCCUUCCCUAUGAUGACACCAGAGUGGAGUUGGUCCCAACCAAAGAAAACAACACUGGCUACAUCAACGCGUCACAUAUUAAGGUCUCUGUCAGCGGAAUUGAAUGGGAUUACAUUGCCACACAGGGACCGUUACAGAAUACCUGCCAGGACUUUUGGCAGAUGGUGUGGGAACAGGGAAUUGCAAUUAUAGCAAUGGUGACUGCAGAAGAGGAGGGUGGAAGGGAAAAGAGCUUUAGGUAUUGGCCACGACUUGGCUCCAGGCACAACACCGUCACCUACGGGAGGUUUAAGAUCACCACGCGCUUCCGCACGGACUCGGGCUGCUAUGCCACCACGGGCUUGAAGAUGAAGCACCUCCUCACGGGGCAGGAGCGCACAGUCUGGCAUCUGCAGUACACGGACUGGCCCGAGCACGGCUGUCCCGAGGACCUCAAGGGGUUUUUAUCAUACCUGGAAGAGAUCCAGUCUGUUCGACGCCAUACAAAUAGUACAAGUGAGCCCAAGAGCCCCAGCUCGCCAUUACUGGUGCACUGCAGCGCCGGCGUGGGGAGGACGGGUGUGGUCAUCUUGUCGGAGGUCAUGAUUGCCUGCCUGGAACACAACGAGGUGCUGGACAUCCCCAGGGUGCUGGACAUGCUGCGGCAGCAGAGGAUGAUGAUGGUGCAGACGGUCGGCCAGUACACGUUCGUGUACCGAGUUCUCAUCCAGUUCCUGAAGAGCUCGCGGCUCAUAUAAGCUCACAACUUGGACGGGACCCGACGGGGGCGGCGUUUACAGCUGAGAGUGGGCUGGCCUGCCUCACGCCUUCUCCUGGACGCGCCUUCUCCUGGAUGCGCCUUCUCCUGGAUGCGCCUCCAGGCAGAAAGCUGCGUCUGGACAGGAGUGAGGCCAUGAGUGGCUGCACUGAAGGAGCACGCUGGGCACAAGCCAAUGGGGGGGUUUUGGCGGGGGACGGUGUUGUAGAGGACCUGGUUCCGAGGCCUGGCCUGCUCCUGCCGCUACUCUGCAGUGCUGGCCCUCACCCUGGAGGUCGUGUUUUCUAGACAGCUUUCUAUUUUGCUGAAGCUAUGCUGGGCAAUGCUGGCAAUCAUUGAGGCGCAUAGAUUUCUAAAGCUAGUUUUUGAUAAUGGAAUUUUAUUUUAUGACUAAAAUAUUUUGGGCUUUCUUGUCGGUAAACUGAACUUUCCGUGGUGAUGAGCCGCAGAGGAGAGGCUCCUUUAUUACUUUGUCUUUAAAACCAUGUUACUAUCUUUUGUUAUUUUUAAAGAAUCUUGAAUACUUAACAGUUUGGUUUCCAAACCCAAAACUACAAGAGGAAUCUAAAAGUGUUAUUUUAAAACAUAGAGAAAGCGUUUUUAUAUUCAGAAAAUUUUUUAUCCUAAAACUUCUAUAUAUUUGUACUGUCAAUAUUUUCCAAACAAGAAUUUGCUCAACUCAUAAAGGUACUGAAAUGAGUCUGCUAAUGGGAGGGAAAGUUGGGAAUGAAGGUACAGUAUUUAAAAUGUAACAAUAAUCAGAUUCGCUCGUUUUUUCAGUAUUAUUCAUAAACCUGGAUGAGUUUGGUUUUACUGGUUGAAAAUGAAGUGAAAAACAAUUGGAUAGGAUUGUUUUAAGCACUUUUUUUUUUUUCGGUUAAAAACAAUAAAUCUGAGUUUUAAUAUAUGUGUUGUUUUAUAGAGUAAGCAAUAGCAGCAGCGAUGGACAUUGCUUCAGCAGUGUUUUGGAAGUGGUAAGUGUUAAGGAUGUAGGAUGACUGGGACGAGAGCAAGUGAGGUGUAAGUUCAGGAUGGGAAAUGCAGGGUGCCCAUACAGUAUUACCCGUCUUCGGACUGAGGCUCGGGAUGGAGGUCCCCCAGAGGUAGGUAUCCCCAGGAAAUUCAAGGCCUGUCCCUGUCAGUGAUUCACUUUUUCCUUGGAGUUUUUCCACCUAAACCUGUAUUCUUUAACAAAUAAAAUCAGGUUUAUUACUAUCAUUCAAAGAUGCUUUGAAGAGGCUUGAUCUUCCCUUGGUUGUAGGAAGGGAAGAGUUAGUAAUUGUUUCACGUCACCUUCCAGAACUACAGCCCAAACUGGCAGGUCCCCCAGGAGAAAGCUGUGGUAUUCAAGAGGUACUUGAAUUUUUGCUCCUUAAUCUCCAAACUUCACUGGAGAGAUCAAUUUUAGCUACGUGGUGUCAUGCCCCCAUCCUAUUCAGCACAUCCCAGUGGGCAGAGUCAAGGCGGGCACGUGGUGCCUGACCUAGGCCAGGAUGGGCUUGUACUCGGAGCUGAGUAGGUAAGGACUAAGCGGUACAUUUAACCGAAACGCCACCUCUUUUUUCCUUUUCCUGAGGCUGCUUCUCCAAAUGUCAAAUCAGACUGUUUCCCCAACUUACAAUAUCCUAGGGAUGGUUCUGAUUCUCAAGUUAAUCCCUAAGGCAGUUGAACACUCCUGUUCUUCACGCGGUGUGUAUCUGCCUACCUCUGAGUCACCCAGAAAUCAACCACUUCAGAGGAAAAUUCAAAAGAUAUCGAUAAAGUGAAUGUUGAAAGUGGGCAUAUUUCUCAGUUAGGUACAACAUAAGAAUUUUAAAUCUGAAUUUAUUUUUAGGAGUCUGGUUUAAAGAAUCAUAGACCGAGGUGUAAAUAUUUAUUAUAAGAACGGGAUGAGAGUUUCAUGGUGAUGGUUCCCAUCUCUGCACCAUGUAAAGGAAAGGAGUGUUUCUGAGGCUUUAUUAGGUCUUCCACAGUACAUUUUUAAAAUGUGCUUUUCUGUCAGGUUUAAGCAUUAUGAAACGUCCCAUUGACAAGAGAAUACUGUACAACAAAAAAUCUGAAGAGUAAUAUAUAGUAUAUUUGUAUUCUUAUUGUAAUAAUUUGAUUCUAAGUAAAUUGCUUAUGAAGACUAAAACAUACCCUAUAAUUGUCACUCUUAAAAUGUAUGUGUGACAUAGUUUCUAAGAUCCAUAUAAUUUUUUGUCCCUUUCGAAUUUAAAAAUUUUAAUUACAGGUAGUAAAUAUGAAAGUAUUUCUGAAUAAAAUUAAACCUACAUUACUGUGAUUUCCAAGAGUGAACACUGAGGUGUUGUGGGUUUUCCAUAUCUGAAUCGACAAAGUUAUUGUCUGCCAAACUUCCACUAUUCUUCGUGUGUCUUAGUCUCUUAGUUCCAUGGUAGUAGUAUUUUCAUGUCAAAAUUAAGAAAAUGUUUAUUUUUGCAAAACAUAGCUUAUGAACAGGUGUUUCCCACUGAUCAAUUUUGUCAUUUCUGGCAUCAGUUUUCGUGCUUAAUGGAGGUUUUUUUGAUGAAAUCGUCUAGUUGGUCAUUGCAAACACAGAAAGUGUUCAUUUUAGAAUAUCAUUUGGAGUGUUAAUUGCAGCCAUUAUUAAUUAUUUCCUUCUGGAACAUCUCCUGUGAAGUGUUCAGAAAGUCCUAGAAUUAGCCUUUAAAACUCUUUGGCAGGAUUGAAACAGUAACUGGACAUGUGCUUCCUUAGAAACUUCCAGAAAGAGCAGGCAAGGCCUAUACAGAAAUACAGAGGAGGAGACUAAGGGGUGACAGCAGGUCGGGGGACCAACUUCUCUGAGAAGCUUUCAUUAUCAGAAGAAAUAAAAACAGUCAUUCAAAUAGGUUGACAUGUUAAUGUUCCCAAUAUUAGGAAAAUAUGUAUGUAUAUGCGAUAUGUGUAAGAUAAACUUUAUAUGUAAUAAAAGAUAAAACUGGAGAUCAGAUGCAGCCGAGCAGUAGGAGGUGUAUUUGAGAUUUGCAUGAACAAGAGAAAGCAAGAACUACUGUUUAUUGUAUGUCGUUUUUAAUAUCAACUUUUAAAGGAAUUCUUGGAUAUAAAUUUAGGGAAAUUACUUCCCAUCAAGAUUUAAUGUGGAACAAACUAAAACUGUCUCUCUCCAGUUUAAAUUUAUUUUUAAAAAAUCUAAAUUGGAGGGGUAUGUUUUUUGAGCUCAGGGAUAGACAUUUCAAAAAUAGAGGAUAUGAUAUGUUAGAAAUUUGCCUGGGAAAAUACUCCUCAAAAAACCAUGACUUUUUCAAAUUUCUGUAGCUAAGGGCUCCAUUUACCCUAGUGUCUACAAUUAAUUACAGAAAAAUGAGGAUGAAUCAGAAAGUCCAACUGUUUAAAGUUUGUGUGUUGAGUAGACGGAUACAGAACUUUAGAAAAUACUCGAAGGGGUCCUGGAUCGUUAAAUUGGCAGUUUUCUGUAUACUGUAGACAGUUACCAAAUAAAAAUUAUGCUCUUAAAUUCAGUUGUAUGUUGAAUUACUGAGAUAACGUCUUCCUUUGUAAACAAGUACAUGGAUGUUAACUUUC